AUGGACGAGAUCAUCCCGCACCUCUGGAUCGGCGACCUGGCGUGUGCGCUGGCGCCCGACUAUCUCGCCGCCGCCGGCGUCACGCACAUCCUCACCGCCAUGAAGCAGCGCCUGCCGCCGCCGCCGACGCUGCCCGACGGCCGCGUCAUUCCCGCAGAGCACAUGCACCACGUGCGCAUCGACGACGUCGAGGCCGCGCCGAUGCUCGUGCAUCUGCCCUCGGCCGUCGACUGGCUCAAGGGCGUGCUGGCAGAGACAUGGAUCGAGGACGAGGAGCAGGGCGACGGCGAGGGCGCAGACGGCGGCAGCAGCAGCCAAGGCGGCUGGUGGAACCCGGGCGAGAAUGUCGUCUUUGUGCACUGCCAGGCGGGCGUCAGCCGCAGUGUCGCGGUGAGUGAUGCAUGCAGCAGAGGCAGGUCUGGAGCUCGGAGCAGCGCGAAUUGCAAACACAGACUCGGCCCUGGCUUGCUGGAUCCGAUUGUGCUGGCCUACCUCAUGCAGACGCGCGACAUGGAGCUGCCCGACGCCCUCGAGCUUGUCAAGUCGCGGCGACCACAGGCCGGGCCGAAUGCUGGCUUCAUGGCGCAGCUUGAGCUCUACCAGGACGCUGGCUGCGUCGUCGAUGUGCGCCAUCAGUCGGUGCGACGCUUCCUCAUGGCGCAGACGUCGAUUUUGAACGGCGACAGCAUCGAGGAUGUGCUGCUCGCGUACUACCCCUCGCCCUUCGCCUCGCCUUCCCUCUCCAAGGCCUCCUCGGUGAACGGCGAGCACCGUCGCGGCAGCAGCAGCGGCGCCUCGAGCGCACGCCUGCAGAUGAGUCCCGUCAUGUCGCGCGCCACGUCGCGCACCGACGGCUCGGCGUUGGAUCUCUCCGUAUCGCCUCCGCUUCCCGCCGGCGCGGUGGAUCUCGAUGCGGACACGCCGCUGUUCAGCUCCGUCAGCGAUCCGCGCGAAGUCAAGAUCACGAGCAACUCGGGUCGUCUGCCGGGAGGCGUCAAGUUGCUGCGCGGCAACGAGGGUCGUCACAAUGCCGGAACGCUGCCAAGUCCAGUCUUCCAGGGCCCAAAGCUGCGCUGCAAAAUGUGCCGUCGCGAGCUGGCGGCGCGUGAUCAUGUCGUAGAGCACGAGGCGGGACGCGGGCAGGGCGCCUUUACGGCACGCAAACGCCGAAAGGACCUCGGCGAGCGCGAGCGCGAGGGCCGCACGGUUGGCCGCACGGCGGCCGACCUCAAUGCGGAGCAGAAGUUUGGCGCACGCAGCCGCGCAGAAGAGGCGUCGUCUGCUGCAUCCACGACCGACGCCGACGACGCUGCACCUGCGGCGAGCUCCUCAGCGCCGGCCGAAGGAGCACAGCCGCCAGGCCUCAGGUCGGCUGCCAGCCUUACCGCCUCUCUGCCACCAGCACUCGCGGCGCUGCGCAUGGGCGCUGGCGCGGCCAAUGCAGCUGGCGCGGGUGGCUCGCGCAUGAUCCACUCGGCCGCGUGCAGCGCCUACUUUGUCGAGCCGCUGGCGUGGAUGGAGAAUCUGCGCGGCGGCGAGGUGGCCGGUCGCCUUGAUUGCCCGAACACCAAGUGCGGCGCCAAGCUGGGCAGUUGGGAUUGGGCGGGUAUGCAGUGCGGCUGCGGAGCAUGGGUCACGCCCGCGUUCUCACUGCACCGCUCGAAGGUCGAUGAGGUCGGAUGAGCCGCAGAGGAGCAAGCAUCGCAGCACUGUCACGUCAGGCGCCGACUGACUCAAUCAUAGACUUAGCCGAUGC